UAAUAAUUGUUAGUGAUUCAUGGAGUCGCGGGAUAGGUCGGGGUAUAUUUCGAUCGUAUAUUAAUUAAUGCUUCUCUUCGUCAAUUAUGCUAUAACUUAUAAAGAAUCGUUGGAAAUUUGUUCCAUUUUGUUGGGUUUCACGUGGUACAAUAUAUCCCGAAGAAACAGAUUGUUUCAAGAAAAAUAUCAUUUACGAACGAUUAACAAGUGAUACUGGUAAAACUGCUAAAGCCAUACGACUAAAGUGUAGUCGGUAGCAAAAUGGCAGCGAGUGAUUCUACUACGGAUGAUAGUCUGUAUCCGAUUGCAGUUUUAAUUGAUGAAUUAAAAAAUGAGGAUGUUCAGUUACGUCUAAAUUCUAUCAAGAAACUGUCUACGAUUGCUCUUGCAUUAGGUAUCGAAAGGACUCGUAGCGAGCUGAUACCUUUUUUAACAGAAACUAUUUACGACGAGGAUGAAGUCCUUCUUGCAUUGGCAGAACAGCUUGGUACAUUCACACCUCUCGUUGGUGGACCGGAAUACGUUUACUGUUUAUUGCCACCUUUAGAAUCAUUAGCUACGGUCGAAGAAACAGUCGUUCGCGACAAGGCGGUGGAAUCUUUAAGAAAUAUUGCCAGCCAACAUAGUCCAGCCGAUCUUGAAGAAUACUUUGUUCCUUUGGUUCAACGCUUGGCAUCCGGAGAUUGGUUUACGUCAAGAACAUCUGCUUGUGGACUUUUUAGUGUAUGUUAUCCACGUGUUAGUCCAACCAUUAAAGCAAGUUUACGAAAUCACUUCCGCAAUUUAUGUCAAGAUGAUACGCCAAUGGCACGACGAUCUGCUGCCUCGAAAUUAGGAGAGUUUGCUAAAGUUGUGGAAAUUGAAUACUUAAAAUCAGAUUUAAUCCCAAUGUUUGUUAUUCUUGCUCAAGAUGAACAGGAUUCGGUACGACUUUUGGCAGUUGAAGCGUGUGUCAGUAUUGCAGCUUUGUUACAACCAGAAGAUGUCGAACAAUUAGUUAUGCCAACGCUUCGACAAUGUGCUAGCGACCAGUCUUGGCGUGUACGAUAUAUGGUUGCUGAUAAGUUUACUGAUCUCCAGAAAGCAGUUGGACCAGAAAUUACAAAAACAGAUCUCGUACCCGCAUUUCAAGUAUUAUUAAAGGAUAUGGAAGCGGAAGUACGAGCAGCGGCUGCUGAUAAAGUUCGUGACUUUUGUCAAAAUCUUGAUCAGUUGAAUCAAGAAACUAUUAUUAUGGGUAAUAUCUUACCUAUAGUCAAAGAACUUGUAGCAGAUCCUAAUCAACAUGUGAAAUCAGCUUUAGCCAGUGUUAUAAUGGGACUUAGUCCAAUACUUGGCAAACAUAACACGAUCGAACAUUUGUUACCUCUAUUCUUAUCUCAACUAAGAGAUGAAUGUCCUGAGGUUCGUCUAAACAUUAUCAGCAACUUGGAAUGUGUUAAUGAAGUUAUAGGUAUACAACAACUUUCAUUGUCACUUUUACCAGCCAUUGUAGAAUUAGCAGAAGAUUCUAAAUGGCGAGUUAGAUUAGCCAUUAUUGAGUACAUGCCUCUCUUAGCUGGUCAAUUAGGAGUUGAAUUCUUUGAUGAGAAAUUGAAUUCUUUAUGUAUGACUUGGCUUGUAGACCAUGUUUAUGCUAUUAGGGAAGCGGCGACAUUAAACUUGAAGAAAUUAGUAGAAAAAUUUGGACCUGAAUGGGCACAAAAUACCGUUAUACCUAAAGUAUUAGCAAUGUCCAGGGAUCAGAAUUAUCUUCACAGGAUGACAUGCUUAUUUUGUAUUAAUGUAUUGGCUGAAGUAUGUGGUCCAGAAAUAACGACAAAAGUAAUGCUGCCAACGGUUUUAGGAAUGGCAACUGAUAAUGUUGCUAAUGUAAGAUUUAAUGUUGCUAAAACAUUACAACGGAUUGGACCCUAUCUAGAGCCUUCUGCAGUUCAAACACAAGUCAAACCUAUCCUUGACAAAUUGAAUACUGACGCUGAUGUAGACGUGAAAUAUUUUGCUUCGGAAGCAAUUGCUGGAAUUGCAGCAUAGGCUGAGCAGGAUGUCCGGUGCAUUUAUCAUUUAUCCAAUAUUAUUAAAGAAACUACUAAUUGUGUCACAAUGUUUCCACUUACACUUGACAAGAGGUAAUAUUAAUGCACAAUUGGAGUACAAUUUUGAAGAAUAAAAUAAAUUUAAAUUAGCGAUAAAUGUA